AAGCCUGGCCCGUGGACCGUAGAAGAGCACAUCCUCCUCCUCUAUGGUCGUCGUCGCCCUCAACCUCAAGACCUCAACCAAGGGAAGGGAAGGGAAGGUAGGGUAAGGUACAGGCGCCCAGUCCAAUCCAAUCCCCCCUCGAUGGCGGCGGUAGAUCUGUCCAAGCUGGUGAAGGAGAAGCGCUUCUGGGUGGCCUCCUUCCUCGUCGCAUGGGCAGCCGCGCUGCAGGGCCACAUGAUGUGGAUGCAGCGCCAGGAAGCCUUCAAGCACAAGUUUGGCGCAGACGCCUCCGACGCCUCUUCCUCCUUGGAUUCCUCCUCUACCUAGCAAUUUUACCACCGGAUGCGCCAGAUUAGGGGUUGUCAGUCUGUCUGUUGAACCUCUGCUACCUUAUCUAGCCAUGUUUAGUUCCCACUCUAUAAACCCCGUAAACGCAAAAAAUAUCACAUCAAAUAUUUCGACAUAUGUAUGGAGUACUAAAUGAAGUCUAUUUAUAAAACUUUUAACAUGGAUGGGCUGUAAAUCGCGAGACGAAUCUAAUGAGUCUAUAUAAUCCAUGAUUUGCAACAGUGAUAUUACAGUAACCAUUCGCUAAUUAUUAAUUAAUCAUGAAUUAAUUAGCAUCAUUAGAUUCGUCUCGCGAUUUACAACACGUAUGUGCAAAAAGUUUUGUAAAUAGACUUCAUUUAGUACUUCAAAUUAGUAAGAUUCCGUCGCAAUUUUUUUUUGCGUUUCAUCUAAACACACCCCUAGCAUUCUACUAUAGCUGGCUCUCACAACAGCUGCUGUUUCUGAGUUAGUACAUGCACCGGGAAAAUAAAAAACAAGGCUAGUGAAUGACUUGCUACCUGCUAGUGCUGCUUAUGAUUCUCAAUUAUGUGUGAAUUGUUGUUACUGUCAACAACUGAAUGUUGAGUUA